AUGAAUAAAUUACUAAUUUGUUUAUUAAGUUUAGCGGUGCUAUCUACAGGUCAACGUAUUACCACCAUACACUUGGAUGGUGUACAGUACUUUAUUAGCCGCAUGAAUCCCUACUCGCCCGAAUUAAAUUAUUUCCUCGCCUAUCAAUAUUGUCGUUCAUUGGGUCUGCAGUUGGCCUCGUUCGAAACGAAAGAGAAGGCCGAAUCGAUGACAACAUAUUUGAAAAAUGCCGGCUAUGGUAAUUAUGAUUUCUGGACAUCGGGUAAUCGUUUGGGCACGGGCAUGUUCCUUUGGAUGAGUACCGGUUUACCGUUUAAUGCCACAUUCGAUUUCUUCGAAAAUACCAUUGAUUCGAUACAGGCUGGCCUCUUGGAUCCUGUCGAUCAUAAUAGCAAUACAUCGCCACAGCGGACAGCUAGAGACAG